AUGACGCUUCCUGAAGAGGCUAGGACAACAGGCAGGCAUCUGUAUUCCCGGCACCAGAGUUUGAACCUCCACUGCCUCAACCAGUUUCUGAAUGUCAAAAAGCAGAGUGUCUGUUUGAUGAAUUUGAGGAAAUCAGGAACUUUGGGUGACCCAAGUUCUCUAGAUGAGACCACCUAUGAGAGACUAGCAGAGGAAACCCUGGACUCCUUAGCAGAGUUUUUUGAAGACCUUGCAGACAAGCCUUACACGUUUGAGGACUAUGAUGUCUCCUUUGGGAGUGGUGUUUUAACAAUUAAACUGGGUGGAGAUCUAGGGACCUACGUGAUCAACAAGCAGACUCCAAACAAGCAAAUCUGGUUAUCCUCUCCAUCCAGUGGGCCCAAGCGUUACGACUGGACCGGGAAGAACUGGGUGUACUCGCACGAUGGCGUGUCCCUCCACGAGCUGCUGGCCGCCGAGCUGACUGCAGCCUUAAAAACCAAACUGGACUUAUCUUCCUUGGCCUACUCUGGAAAAGGCACCUGAUGCCCAGCCUGGUUUUAAAGACAUUAAAAGCUAUCAGACCAAGACCCA